AUGUCCCUGAGGCCGGCUGCUGCUUUGGUGGCCGCACCAGCCUUGGUGAGCCUGAACACGGGGCAGAAGAGCGUGGUGGUGGGGGCACCCCGCGCCAACACCUCCCAGCCCGGCGUGGCUCAGCCCGGCGCUGUCUUCCUCUGCUCCUGGCCCCCUGGCAAGACCCCUUGCCACCCCCUCCCCAUCGACACUGCAGGGGGCGAGACCGAGACCCAAAGCACCUUGACGUUCCACCCCUACAAGUCGCACCAGUGGCUGGGAGCGUCCGUCACCAGCUGGGACGGCAAACUGGUGGUGGGUGCACCCGCGUUGGGGUACUCGGUGGCCGUGGGCGAGUUUGAUGGCAAUCCCAAAACCAAAGAGUACGUGGUGGGGGUCCCCAACAAGAGCAACACGAAGGGCGAGGUGGAGAUUUUCAGCUUGGGGGUGACCCUGCGCCGGCUGCAAGGCAUCGACAGUGAGGCGGUGCGGGGAUGGGGCACCCGGUGGGUGCUCAUGAUCCCUCUGUCCCCAGACGUGGCCGUGGGUGCCCCGUUGGGGGGUGACGGUGGCAGCGGGCAGGUCUUCAUCUUCCGCGGGCAGAGCGAGGGUUUGAUGCCGGUGCCCACCCAGCGCCUCGAUAGCCCCUUCCCCGGCCCAGCUGCCUUCGGCUUCGCCCUGCGCGGUGCCACCGACCUGGACGGCAACGGCUGCCCGGAUCUGCUGGUGGGGGCUUAUGGGGCCGCCAAAGUGGCCGUGUACCAGGGACAGCCUGUGGUGGUGGCCCAGGCCCAGCUGAGUGUCCCUGACGGGCUGAACCCCGAGCUCCUGGCAUGUGUCCUGCCUGGCUCCCGUACCCGCGUCAGCUGCUUCCCCGUGGUGCUCUGUGUCAGCGUGACAGGCCAGCACAUCCCCCAGAGCAUCCGCCUGGACGCCGAGCUGCAGCUGGACCGGCUGAAGCCCAAGCUGUCCCGGAGGGUCCUGCUGCUUCAGGACCACCAGUCGUCCUGGCACAGGGUGCUGGAGCUGGCCCCGGGGACGCCCCCGCUGUGCCACAACCUCACCGCCUACCUGAGGGACGAGGCCGACUUCAAGGACAAGCUGAGCCCCAUCGCCCUGAGCCUGAGCCUGGCGCUGCCGGGGGGGACCCGGGGGCUGGUGCUCUACGGGGACACCCUGGUGCAGGAGCAGGGGCAGGAGAAGCUGAGCUGCAACCCCAGGAAGGAGAACGGGAGCCAUGUGGUGAUCUGUGAGUUGGGCAACCCCAUGAAGGCAGGUGCCCAGAUCACCGUGGACAUGGAGCUGAGUGUGUCCGGCCUGGAGGACAUGGGUGAUGCCAUCACCUUCCAGCUCCAGCUGCGGAGCAAGAACAGCCCCAGCCCUGCCAAUGUGUCGGUGAUGGUGCCUGUGGAGGCGCAGGCGGCGAUGGAGCUGCGAGGCAACUCCCUGCCGGCCACCAUGGUGCUGCCCAUGAGCUGGCACAGAGUGGAGGGCAGCCGGCGGCUCGAGGACCACGGCAUCAAGGUGGAGCAUGUCUACCAGCUCCACAACAAGGGUCCCAGCACCGUCAGUGGGGUCACCCUGCGCCUCGCCGUCCCCCGCCACCCGCAGGACUGCAGCAAUGCCACCUGCGUGGGCAUCGCCUGCCAGGUGCCCAGCCUGGCCAAGGACCAGCGGGCGCUGGUGAGCAUCCAUGCACUGCUCUGGAUGGACACCCUGCAGCAGCCAGAGCACCUCCUGAAGCAGUUCCUUAUCCAGUCGCAAGCCUGGUUCAACACCUCGGCCAUGCCCUACCGUGUCCAGCCCCGCGUCCUGCCUGCCGGGGAGGCCACGGCUGUCACCGAGGUGGUGCGUGCCAGCCCCAGGGGCGAGGGGGCCGUGCCGGUGUGGUGGGUGGUGCUGGGGGUCCUGGCUGGGCUCCUGCUCCUCACUUUCUUCAUCGUCCUCAUGUGGAAGGUGGGUUUCUUCAAGAGGACACGGCCACCCACCGAGGAGGACAUGCAGGAGCUGGCACCCAGCCAGGCCCAGGAGCCAGGGUGUGCCCAGGACUAGCCAGGUCCCCUGGGGUCCUCCUGCAACCCACCCCACGGCAUAUCCCCUGGCCCAGCCCCCCAUGUCCCCAGCACCCCCGGGUGCCCCUGGGACACAGCACCCACAUCCCAGCCCCCCAUGUACCCACCACCCUUGGGUGCCUGUGGGGUCCAGCACCCCAAUGCUGCCCCUGGGCAAUAAAUCUCCGCCUGGUGCCA